UUUUCUAAUGUGCCUAUUUCCAUUCUUUUAUAUCCUAUCUCUCUCCAACCCAGUUUCAACAAUUCCAUAUCCAUCCAUUCCGCCGGACUGCGAACUCGCCGGCGACGGCCACCCUAUACCCACCUGAGAAUUCUCUAUGUCGGACGCCGCCGCCGAUCUACCCUGGCUCCGGCCGUCGAUUUCACCGGCAGCGCCCUGCUUCAAGUCUCUUUAUAAGCAGAAUUCGUGGUCACCAGACGCCUACCGUGAUGAGGCCUGGAAAAGAAGGAAAGGAAGUCACGGCGUUCGAAGCCGCCGCCGGAGCAAAAGUGUCACCGACGAAGAUUUGAACGAGUUGAAAGCUUGCAUUGAAUUGGGAUUCGGAUUCGAUUCGCCGGAAAUUGAUCACCGAUUAUCGAACACACUACCGGCUUACAGUCUCUAUUAUGCAGUCAAUAAACAGUACAAGGAUGUUGUUUGUAGAGAAACAUCAUCGUCUGGUUCUGAGUGCGAAUCGCCGCCGUGUUCUUCCAUGGGAAGUCCGAAUCCUCACACCAUGUUUGUCGGUCCAGGAGAAAAACCGGAGACGGUGAAGACGAGAUUGAGGCAGUGGGCGCAGGUGGUGGCUUGUUCGGUGAGGGAGUCUUCACAUUGAAGAUUGAAAAGAAAAAAACCAUUCAAAAAUAUUAUCAAAAUCUUGAAAAGAAUGAAUCUUUAAUUAGUCAAAUGCAAGUAAUUAAAGCUUGUUGUUGUCUACCAAGACCAAGAUCUCUGGUAUCUGUUCAUAUUCAUCAUCUUUUUAUCAAUUUUGUUUAUACUUGAAAUAAAUUUGUACAAUAAUUGUAGUAUAAGUUUGUUUGUAUUGAAAACAUAAUUAAAAUGUUCUUAACAUGAGACAGCUUGAAUGAUAUAUGGGCAGUGAAAAAUAAACAUCUACGUGCAAGGGUAUUUUGAUUGUUUUUAAUGCAUUUAGUUUUU